AUGACAAAGAAUAAUCAGCAGGAAGAAAAAAGGAAAUUUGAUAUUUUGGUGAAGAAAAAUGAGAAGGAGAACAAGUUGAAUGAGAUGUACAGUGAAAUAGCACACGGCAACAAGAGAGAAGCCAAGUUGCUAAAAAGAGUGAAACUGGGCUAUUCGGAGCAUUUAUUGGAACAAGAAUACAUAAAAGAGAAUGUGAAUUUGUACACCAAAGAGAAGGCAAUCAAACUGGAUCUGGAGACAAAGCCACAUCCAUACAACACGUGCUACAACCAGAAUGGAUCACACUCACUGAUUUGGAACAGAGAUGGCUUCGCUGCAUCCUUUGGUACACAAAGUCUCAUGCUUGAUUUUGAAUCAGAUUUCACUGAAAUAUCAACUGCUACCUAUUUGCACAGUGAACGAUAUAUUGCACUAGGACAGGAAUGUCUCUACAUUUACAACAAUAGGGGAGUUGAAUUACACGCAGUGAGAAGCAUCAAGAACAUUUUACAAAGCAACUUUCUACCUGAUCACUUUCUGCUUGGAUGCAUGUGCUGCACUUCCACCAGUAACAAAUUGAAGUAUCUUGAUACCACUAGCGGUGAAAUAGCAGCAGAAUUGGACAUAAAGUUCAAACCAGUUGCAAGUUGCCAUUUUGAUGGAAUAAUUUGCCUAGGAGACAGAAGAGGCGUAGUUGAUCUUGUUGCACCAAAACAACCUGAACCACUGAUGAAGAUCAAAGUGCACAGAAACAUCAAAGAAUUGAAGAGAGGCAAAGACAAGCUGUAUGUUAGCACGUACGACAACAAGAUCAAGACAUUUGAUCUACGAAACUAUUUCAAACCACUUCAGGAAAUAUCAACAAAAUAUACUGAUAAAAUGGCAAUCAGCACAAAUGGAACUGUGGCAUUGGGUGGUGGUAGCACAGUGGUGCUAUUUGAUCCAAACGAGGCCAAAAUAAACCAGGAGAUCACCACUGCAACCAAUAUUGGAUCACUUGAAUUCAAUCCAUUUGAGGAUAUUUUGACUGUAACCACCAGAAACAAGUAUGAAUCAUUUGUGGCACCGCAGAGCAGUGAUAUUCGAUAUAACGCAGACGUAAUCAGUCCAUAUAUGACAAAGAAUGAGAAGAGGGAAAUGGAAGUGAAGAAACUGCUUGAGAAGAUUCCGCCUGAAAUGAUUUCGUACAACAGUGAAUUGAUCUCCAAAAUAAGGCGAGAUAAAAAGGUUCGACCAAUUUGCAGGCAGUGA